CAAACUGAGCCGACUCACCGUUUGUGAAACUUGUGCUUUUGCUGUUUGCUUGGUUGUAACUGCGAUGCAGUAAUGGGUGGCUGUUCCGCUCCAAAUUGCUCCAAUUCAAGCAGCAUAGGUAAACAGCUGUUUAGGUUUCCCAAAGACCCUGUGCGUAAGAAGAUAUGGGUGGUGAACUGUCGACGUGACUUCGAACCAACUGCUCACUCAAGACUGUGUCAAGAUCAUUUCGAGCAGAGCCAGUUUGAAGAAAUUGCCAAGUCUCCAACUGGUGGGAAGAAGCUGAAGCCCAACGCUAUUCCCACUCUGUUCAAUGAAGGAGAGCCUCCUUACCCUGCAGUCUCCUCUCCAUUCAUCAUACUUCCUCUAAAAUCUGAACCAGUGGAAAAGGACCUGAAUUUUGGGGAUCAUGGCUAUGCCAGACGCACCCCGCUGCUUGCAGUUGAGAAGGAGGAUGCAGAAGGGACAGGUGAUGACCAGUACCACUGCGCACAAUGUGAAUUCCUCCAGAAAAAGCUGGAGCAGGAGGUGAAGCAUACUGCAAGGCUGCAAAAAGAGGCAGAAGAGAUGAAGAGGCGCCUGAAUCGACUUGAUCGGAUUGAAAAGGGCCUUCAGAACUUCCUGUUUGAAGACCAGAUCAGGGCUCUGUCUCUCACCAAGCGCUCUCGUCGAGCUGUAUGGUCUCCAGAGACUAUCCUGAAAGCCCGAAAGAUUCGCUGUGCCAUUGGAACCAAAGGCUAUGAGUACCUGAGAGAGAUCGGGUACCCCUUACCCUCCUACAGGACUUUGUGUAACCGACUGGAGACAAAGAUCAUGGUGACGACUGACAUGAGCUGUGAGGAACUAGCAGAGCUGGGCCUGGGGCUCAUGGCCACGUGCAACAGUCCCACAGAAGUUGUUGGAGACCACAGUGAGGAAGAACAGAUAGCCCGAGAAGUCCACGAGGAUCCGAUGCAGUGGAUGGAGCCACUCUGCUGAGAGAUGGAGAAAAGUCUUUGCAACUUCCUCAGAGAACCCUGGAGCGAAGGUGCCGUCUUGCCGAACGAAACGCAGUCCUGAGGAAAUCAACACUUCUUGGGAUGGCAGGCUCGCUUUCCGCCUCAUAUUCAUCGUGGGUAAUGAGAUGAUGGACAUCUCCCAGUAGGACGAACAUCUUUCUUCUGAUGAGAAGAACAACUAAGUGCCAGCGAGGUUUCCUGGACAUAAUUUAGUUAACGAAUCUGAGAUAAUGUACCUAAAUUCUAAACUUUAGUCCUAAAUUUUAGGUAACUUCUCAAAGUUAA